AUGGCAUCGUCGUCCUUCAGAGACAGCAUGAACAGCUUGGGCUGGUCACGCCGCAACGAGCAGCCGGCCAACACGAAUCCACCAAAUCCGAUCAUGGGCACAUUGUCGAAGCUUAAUCCCUUCGGGGGCGAGGGCUAUGGCAUCAGGCUGCCGACGACAGAAGGGGAAGCUCCGGGAGCACCUCUACCGCAGCCCACAAGACGGCAAGAAGAGGAAGGGUGGUUUGCGCUAAGUCGCUGGGAUCGCAUCCUCGUUUUUGGUGGCCUCAACAUCGCGGCCAUUGCCUUGUUCGUCGUUUGCUUCACGCUUCUGCCUAUUCUGAGCCUGCGGCCGCGCAAGUUCGCAAUCCUAUGGUCGAUGGCGUCGGCGCUCUUCCUGGGCUCAUGGGCGGUCAUGAUGGGGCCACUGGUCUACGUACGGCAUCUGGUUUCUCAAGAGCGGGUACCGUUUACGGCAACCUACUUCGGCAGCAUCGCGCUGACGUUGUACUUUGCCGUCGGACUUCGGAGCACUAUCCUCACACUCUUCUCAUCGAUAGUGCAGAUCGUCGCCCUGGUGUGGUACCUUGUCAGCUACUUCCCCAUGGGCUCACAAGGUCUACGCUUCGCAGCCAGCUUCGGCGGCAACAGGAUCGCCGCUUGGAUGCGCGAUUAA